AGGAGAUGACCAGAGACUGCGGACCACAGUACAGGAGAUGGCCAGAGACUGCGGACAUAGUACAGGAGAUGACCAAAGACUGCAGGACAGUACAGGAGAUGACCAGAGACUGCGGACACAGUACAGGAGAAUGACCAGAGAGACUGCAGACAGUACAGGAGAUGACCAGAGACUGCAGACAGUACAGGAGAUGACCAGAGGACUGCGGACGUUGGUACAGGGGAUGACCAGAGACUGCGGACAUAGUACAGGAGAUGACUAGAGACUGUGGACACAGUACAGGAGAUGACCAGAGAAUGCGGACAGUACAGGAGAUGACCAGAGACUACGGACAGAGUACAGGAGAUGACCAGAGACUGUGAAUACAGUACAGGGGAUGACCAGAGACUGCGGGGCACAGUACAGGGGAUGACCAGAGACUGCGGGGGCACAGUACAGGAGAUGAACCCAGAGACUGCGAACACAGUACAGG